AAUCUACAAAUACGAAAAAUCUUUAUUUUCAUCUUUCCUUUUUUCUAUUUACUGUUUUCUUGUUAUUCUAAUGUUUUGUUUAUUUUUUUACAAAUUAUAUCAGUCACUUUAACUUGUUCACUUUCAACUACAAUUAAAUGUGUUAUUCACUGUUUUUGGAGUAAUUAUAUUCAUCACACUUUUCUCUCUCUCUCUCUCUCUCUCUCUCUCUCUCUCUCUCUCUGCUUUUUUCUCUCUCUCUAUUUUUUAAUUUCUUCUCUCUCUAUCUCUCUUUUUCUCCUUCUUGUUUCUCUUGCUUCUCUUAUUUUUCUAUUUCUUCUAUUUUUUUUCUUCCAUCGAACCAAUUCAAACAAUCAAUUUACAUUUUAUAUCUGCCAUCUAUUGAGCUUUGGCUCAUAGAAGGGGACUUUUGACAGGUCUGACUUUAGUUGAUUGUGUUUCUAUCUCUCUCUCUCUCUCUCCCUCUAUUGGUCUUUUGUUUCUUUUUAUAUUUUUUGUUUCUUUCGUUUACUGAUUGAGGAUUUUAAGUCCUACAAAAUAUAUACAAAUUUAUAUAUUUACUGUUAGUAUUUUAGUCAAAGGAUGCGAGAUGGACGAGAAUUACUUCAAUGCCCAACUCCAGGGUGUGAUGGAAUGGGUCAUAUCUCCGGCAACUAUGCAACUCAUCGAAGUCUUUCUGGGUGUCCUCAUGCUGAUAGAUCUCAAGUUCAAGCUCAACAUGUCGAACUUAAGUGUCCAACACCGGGUUGUGAUGGAUCUGGUCACAUAACCGGCAAUUAUUCCUCCCACCGUAGUCUAUCGGGUUGUCCGAGAGCAAAUAAACCAAAGAAAUCUUCCUUGAUUAGAAAAACCAUUGUGGAAAAACCAGAAACUGAACCUAACAUUCGUUGUCCAACAAUAGGCUGCGAUGGUUCUGGACACAUAACUGGCAGCUUUUUAACACACCGUAGUCUAUCAGGAUGUCCAAGAGCCAGUGCGAGUCAGUUACAUGGUAAAAGUAACGGUAUUACAUCUUCAUCCUCUUCAGCGGCAUCUUCACCCGAUUCUUUAGCCAAUUGUCUCAAUCAAUCUGAACAAUGUGAGAACAGUAUGAAUACCGGAGGCUAUGGUAGUGAUAUUGUAGCAAGUGGAGGUGGAGGCGGUGUUGGAGUUGGUGGUGUUGAUGGUAAUAGUAGUUGUAGCAGCAAUGCUGGAUCAGGGGUUUCAGAAAGUCGCAAUUUUGGUAACAAAUUGGAUGAUUUAACAAAUACUCUAAAUGUUACAAUGAUUUGGACACCAAACUAUGGUACCAAUGGUAACCAUAUUAGUCAAACCGGUAGUGUGACUAAUAGUGUGUCUAGUUGCUCAUAUGCAUCCAUGGAACCUGAAGGAAAUUAUGAUCAGCAUCCAGAUGAUAAUAAAAGCCUGGAAGAAGAGAUUCAUGAGCUUCAAGAAAUAAACGUAAAAUAUGAGAGUGAAAUGAUGAGAAUUAAAUCAGAUAUAAAUCAUAUCGAGCAACAAAUUAAACACACAGAAAGGGAAAAUCAUCAAAUUAGUAAACAAACAGCCUACUUAACGGAAUACUAUGAAUCUUUGAGGAAUAAUUUCAUAUCAAUAUUGGACAAUGUAAGAAUACCCGAUCUCGAGGAAAAGCCUUCAGCAGACAAUUUUGACAAUUUUUUGAAUGAACUGCAACAAUUGUUCACCGAAAGUUAUAAAGAUGAAAACAAAGCUAUAUUUACAUCGAUGAAACAAGCUUUCCAAGAUUUUCCUGUAACGCCUCAACCUCCUAACUACUCAUCAAUUAUUUCGGAUUUAGAUUUUGAUUGAAGAUCUCAUCAUUAAUAUAAUAAGGAUAAUUUAAAGUUAGUUAAACUAAUGCAAACUUCAUUUCAUCCCCAUGAUACUAUCCAAUGGAUUAGUUGUCUUCUCAAGACUGCCGUAGCGAUAUGGUUUCUUCGUUUAUUUUUUGGACUCACAAACAAAAAAACCAACAACAAAUUUUAUUGGAUCUCAACAAUUACAACGUUUUCAGCCUCUUCGAUAUUUUGUUUAAAUCAUUUUCAAUCGACUUUUACUCUCUCUCUCUCUCUCUCUCUCUCUCUCUCUCUCUCUCUCUCUCUCUCUCUCUCUCUCUCUUCUUCCUCUUCUUCUUCUUCUCUUCCUCUUUCUCUACCUUCCUCAACUAUUAACAAUUACUAGUUUAUGUACAAUAUUUAUCUAGUCAUGGAUGCAUCUUCAGAAGCGAUCCAAACAAACUGAAAUAAGUGAAAGAUAAAAAUGAUUGGAAAAAAAACUUUGGAAGUCAGCAAAAGAAACGCAAAACCAAAUCACCCAAAGCAUAAGAAAAAAAUCAGUGACACAUACACACGAUUUGUGAUACAUCUAUUAUAAUGUAUAUCUUCAAAUGUUUAUUUAAAAAUUGUUUCACAAGUUUGCACCGAUACAAUAAGUCAAGAAUCCAAGAAAUAUACGAUACCAAAAUUGCUCAGGAUUUAAACAAAGACAAAAAAAAAUACCAGCGAUAUUUAUAUUCUGUCAAAAAAAAACAAGAAAGGAAAACAAAUUAAUUAACCAACACCGUCGUCAACCUCUCAACAUUAUAUAAACAUAUGAACUGUUGUUGCUUUAAAUUAUUAUUAUAAAAACAACCAACACAAAAAUCAUCGUUAUCAUCAACUUACCAUCAUCUCAUUACCAGCAUCAACUUUAACACAUCCUCCUCCAAUUUCAUCAUCUCAUUUGAAGAAAAGAAAAUGCUAAAUGGACUUAAAAUAUUGGAUUAAAAGCCCCAUCGAUUUGGAACUGUAAUCAAUCGUCGAUAUCUAGUUACUAGAUUGACAAUUUAAAUACACAUCAUGGAAAACAAUAAUCAACAACAAGACACACCUACUAACAACAAUAGAAACUUGGAGAAAGUGUUACAAUUUGAUAUGUUUGUUUGGACCGAAAGAAAAAGUCAAAAAGUCAAAACUAAAUUAACCCAGAAAGGAAUUAAAGUGCAGAGGAACAAUCAACAAAGAGAUAAACAAUGGAUAGCGAUAUCAAUUAAAAUUAUUAUAAAAUAAUCAAUAGUAAUAAUCAUCAUCAUAUUGUUAAUAAUUUAAGCAAAAUACUAAUACCAAACAUGCAACACACAAACAUAUACACACACAAAUACAUUCAAGUCAUAUGAAAAUCCCGAGUCUGCAAUAUCAAAAGAGACACAAAUUGAUUUAUAUCAAAGGAAAAGAUAAAAUUUGAGCGCACAUGAUGAUUUUUUUUUUGUAUUUCGAUGAGGAGAUAAAAUGGCCAAUGGAAUAAUUUAAAGAAAACAUUGCAGAUUAAUCCCAACUGAUUAAUCAGCCUCCACCAAAUUAAAUAAUUCAUUAAAAAUACUAUAGGCAGAAAAUUAAAUUAACUAGGGAAGAUUAAUUAUCCUAAUUACAAACUUCCUUCUUAACCUCACUUCUUUUCUUCUUCUUCUUCUCUCUCUCUCUCUCUCUCUCUCUCUCUCUCUCUCUCUCUCUCUUUAUCCUUUUCAUCAUUUUCUCCUAUGUUCCAUCUCUCACCUCAUUAUCAUCUUUUCUUUUUCACCUUCUGUUUCCUCUUCUUAAUUAUCUUCAUUCUUCUUCACUUCUUCUCUUCUCUUCCUCCCACCUCUCCCUGUUUUCUUCACCCUUUCUCCAUGAUCUUUCAGUUCCAGAAUUAUUUCAUCAUCUCCUUCAUCGAUUUGACAUCUUAAUCAUUAUCAUUUAAUGAUGAUGCGAAUGCGCUUUUAACCAAUGGAUGGAAAAAUUUUCUUUUCUCCUCUUCAGCUCUCCUCUCUCUCUCUCUCUCUCUCUCUCUCUCUCUCUCUCUCUCCCUUUCUGUCGCUCCCACUGACUCUUCUCUUUCAAUCUCUAUUCCUUUUCUCAUGUGUAUUUAAAACAAGAAAUCAUUGUUUAAAUUAUUGCAAUUAACAGUAUUUAAACUCA